UCCACCCAAAACCCCCUACUACCUAAUCAAAGCACCGCCAGUAAAAUUUCUGGGUGAAAGAAAGAGAAAGGUGGAUUUAUUUAAACCACUGAUUUUCAUGCACACGCGUCUUUAAAUUCAGCAUCUCUAGAAGAAAAAUUUCUCUCUCUCUCUUCCCCCAUUUCUUUCUGUAAUUUUCCAGUGGGCAUUUAGUCAGUUUUUACAGAGCUAGUGAAGAGUAGAAAAAAGAAACGAAAAAGAUGGUAUUUAGUGGGGGGCAAAGAUAAAGUGUUCCCACUUUGAGCUGGUAAAAGGGAAUUCAUAGACAAAAAAAACACUCAUCACUCUUUUUGUUUUCUUCUUCACGAUUUUUCUUUUUUCUUUUUUCAACUUCAGGUACUUUUGAUUUUAUGGGCCUUGUCUGCAUGUAUUGCAUUGAAUCUUUAUGAUGAAAGAUGACCAGUUUUUAGUGGCAUAGAGAGAGAGAGAGAGAGAGAGAGAGAGAGCCUUAUGUGUUCUUUUGUGUAUUCUUGGAGGUUAGUGUAAGAAAAUUAGAGAACAAUCGCCGGAAAUCAGAGAGUAAUUCCUCAUUUGUUCAGACAAAUAGUUUCUUAAAUUCUCAAGUUCGAUUCUUGGUAGUUUGAUUGUAGUGUGUGCUAUUAAAGAUCGUUUUUUUUUCUUUCUAUAAUGAUUGUAUGAUUAAACUUCUCAUUCACACUGUAAAAAAAAGACCAGUUCAAUUUUCUCGGUUGAUACAGCUUUUCCUGAAGAUUUUUAUAGCAAUUUCAGAGAUUGUUAUUGUGGGAAAAGAACUCUUGACCAAGAGCUCUAAUGGCAGAUUAUACCUCUCUGCAAUCCCCAAAGGAAAAUUACAGACAGCCCCUUUCCUCAAUUUUCACUUCACCUAGGUUGUUCACUAGUUUUGUCUCAAAGGGCUCUCUUGAAACUGAAUCUUUAACUAGCCCCACUUCAAUCAUGGAUACCAAACCAUUUUGUGUUCUAAAAAACCCCUUUAAGUCUGAGACAAACUCCCCAAAACCAGAAUGCAAGAAUCAUUGGGAUAAAUUGGAGUGGAGAGGGGUUAGCCUUGGGCUUAUAGAUGCCCUAAUUGAUGAGAAUUCGCAGUCGAAUGUAUCGAAGCACGAUAGCCGGAUGGUCCUCUUUGGAUCACAGUUGAGGAUUCAUGUUCCUCCCCUGCCACCCUCUGUAGCUUCCCCUACCGACUCACCCAAAUCCCCCUGUGAUUUUGGGAUCAAAACUAGGCAUUCUCAUGUGGGGUCGCCCUCCCCCUCCCCCUCCACUAAUUUCAGGAGAUCCCCCUUUGGCUCCAUCAAUUCGGGUGGUUUAAGUAGUCUCUCUGCUAGUGAGAUGGAGCUCUCCGAGGACUAUACAUGUGUUAUAUCUUAUGGCCCAAAUCCAAGAACUACACACAUAUUUGAUGAUUGCAUCGUUGAGAGCUGUUGUGGGGUUGUCAAGUUCUCAGAGUCGAGAAAGGAAAAUGCCUUCUUUUCCAUGAAUCACUCCAUGAGUUACCCCUCUGAGAGUUUCCUUAGCUUCUGCUAUAGUUGCAAGAAGAACCUUGGACAAGGGAAGGAUAUAUACAUGUACAGGGGUGAGAAGGCAUUCUGCAGCAGCGAAUGCCGGUGCAAGGAGAUGAUGCUUGAGGAGGAGGAGGAGGGUGAGGGGUCGGACACUUGUGAUUCCGACCACAACAUGUAUGCUACUUCUUCGUAAAGCUAAUUUUUCGCCUUGCUCGCAUGUCAGAUUAUUGUUACUGAAUUCUGAUGCAAGAUUAAUCAAAUCAAGAUUGUGAGAUGUUACAAUAGAUUGAAUCUUGUUUUUUUUUUUUUUUUUUUUUUUUUUUUUUUGAGUAUUUUGCUUGUGAUCUAAGGUUUUAGAUUUGGUUUUCAUGUUAGAUGAGUUGAGUGGUUGAUGAAGAGGGUGAUGAUCAUAAUGAUGUUAAGAGUGUGGAGGACUUAUUAGUGUUGUUAAUUCCUGUUACAAGCGUAGAUAAUGAUAAUUAUAUCAUAAUUUUGAGUAGAUGAUAUUUGGGUUGA